AUGAGUCUGCUCCUGUCUCCUGUGCUUCCUGACACAGCUGCAGCGCCUGUGGAAAGCCUCAAUACUUCAUCUCACUUUCACAGCUCGACAUCAGACCGGACGCUCCCUCCUCAGGGAGAAAACAAACCAUAUCUGAGAGUUUGGAGGCAGGAGACGGAAGGCCACGUCCAACCUGUGGCCUGGGGGCCCACUGUGGUCCAACCUGUGGCCUGGGGGCCGACUGUGGUCCAACCUGUGGCCUGGGGGCCCACUGUGGUCAAACCUGUGGCCUGGGGGCCCACUGUGGUCCAACCUGUGGCCUGGGGGCCCACUGUGGUCCAACCUGUGGCCUGGGGGCCAACUGUGGUCCUCUGUGGCCCUCUGAGUUAG